AUGGCGGGAGCCAUUAACCUUUGCGGUUCCAUGUCAGCCGCAUUACAGAAUCUAGCAGUGUCUUUCAAGGACCCAAAUCAUGGAUUCCUUGGUGGGUCAUCGUUGAAGUUCAAGGAUCUCUGUUGGGAAUCCAAACUCAGAUUCUCCACCAGCAGCAGAAGCGCAAGAAGACUGGGGCUUGUAGUUGCUGCUGUAGAAGAAGAAGAAGCCAUCUCACAGGGAAGCUCUGAUGGCAGAUUUUACUUCAACUUCACUGGCUUUCCUUUUCCUCUUGGCCCUUUUCUCAACAGGCGCACUAUUAGAACUGAGGUUGUGAAAGGAUCCAUAUGGCUGUUUGAACAAGAACAAGCAUUAGGGUUCAGCAGUGUCUCCACAAACAUCAGAAUGACAGUCAUCAAGCUCAAAUCUGGAGGCUUGUGGGUACAUGCUCCCAUUGCCCCAACAAAGGAGUGCAUUCAGCUUCUGAAGGAUUUAGAUGCCCCUGUGGAGUAUAUCAUUCUGCCCACAUUUGCUUACGAGCACAAAAUAUUUGUUGGUCCGUUCUCUAGGAAGUUCCCCAAUGCAAAAAUUUGGGUUGCACCAAGGCAGUGGAGUUGGCCAUUGAAUUUGCCACUUGAGUUCUUCGGGAUCUUUGGUGCCAAAACAUUGAAAGACGAGGACUUGUCAACUCCUUGGGCGGACGACAUUGAGCAAAAGGUUCUCAGUGCACCUGAAGUUGGGCUUGGGCCUUAUGUGGAGGUUGCUUUCUAUCAUAAGCGCUCAAGAUCACUUCUGGUAACCGAUGCUGUGAUUUUUGUUCCGAGAAAGCCACCUGACUGUAUUGGUAAAGAUUCACUGUUAGCCUCAGCAAAGAAUGGCUUAGCAGUGAAAAUCCUUAGUAAGGGGAAGGAAGUAUCUGAGGAGCCUGUUAUCGAUAAUCCAACGAACCGUCAAAAGGGAUGGGAAAGAAUGGUUCUCCAGAUCCUAUUCCUUGGUCCAUCUAAUCUCUUAGAACCCAAUGCCAGUUUUGCUCAGAUGUCCCAGAAAUUGAUAGUAUCACCCAUCGUAAGGACACUAGUAUUCAGCAAAGUACCAGAAAAGGUGAGGGAUUGGAUUGAUAGGAUCGGGAAGGACUGGAGAUUCAAAAGGAUCAUCCCAGCCCAUUUCGCUGCUCCAGUGAAUGCCAGUAGGUCAGAUUUCAUGGCUGCAUUUGCAUUUCUGGACGAUCUAUUGGGGGAACGAUAUGCUACUCGGCCAUCACUAUCUCUCCUCUUCGCAACCAUCAUGGGGAAAGCUGCAACUUACUUCCCUCCGGAUGACAUGAAGACUCUAUCAUCCCUUGAUCAGUUCUUAGUUUCUGUUGGUGCAGUCAAGAAGACUGUCUCAGGCCGCCGGAAGAGAAAAGCAGCAUUCUAGAACUGCAAUGUAAGCAUCAUCUGUCUCUAGUACUUGCUGUUGAUAAUACACAAAAUACUUGUGCCACAGUUUAGUCGUCAUACUGAUUCCAAAUUUCACAAAGUUGAAUAUAUAUACCGUCGAUUUAAGCACGCAUUAACAGUUUCGACCCACAUUUUCUUCGUUUCUUCGAUUUCAAAUAUUUUUGCAGAACAAGUUGCAAUGACAGUGGGUUUCUUGUGUCCUUUGUGGUCAUGGAUCAUGUGGACGAAUUUGUCAUGAUUAACGUUAGGAGUCCGAUGAAGGGAUAUGUGUUGCUUGUUGUUAUGAUGUGAUUGUUGUUGGAACAUUGUUUAUAUGUUUGAUGAAAUUGGACUAUCGGUUGGCCAUAAUGGUACCCGCCAAAACAGCAUUUGUCCAUAUAACUAGUUUCAUAAUGAUAAAUUGGCCGGCGUCCCAUUCCCCA